UUUCUCUUUCAGCCGCAUUUCUCCCUCACAACCCGAAGAAACUCUACUCACACUGCAAUAUCUCCCCUCAUCUCGGCAAGCAGACGGCGACCGGCCUCUUUCAGGCGAUGGGCGGCGAGGCGGUUUCAACCCCCCCGGCUAGAUCUACAACAAAGGAGCCGUUGGAUCGUCUUGCUUUUCGGGUAUGGGAGUGACCGUGACCGGAGGUGGCCGAUGAUCGGAAACCACUGGCCACGGCGGUCGGCGGUAUUCUUUCACGAAGUUGUACAUGUUUUGGCCGAAAAUUAAAACCUAGAUCUACUGAAGUCGGACCGUUAGAUUCUUUUGAUUUCCGGGGUUGGUCGGGGGUAAUGGAUGAUGCGGUGGCGAGAGAGGAAGAGAGUAGUGCGAAUUCAGAAGGAAGAGUGGAGAUAAAGGUUUUGUUCUUUGCGCGGGCCAGAGACGUGACUGGAUUAGCCGAAAUGCCGCUGGAGGUGUCGUCCGGCAGUAGCGCCGGGGAUUGUUUGGACAAGCUAAUCACCAAGUAUCCAGGGUUGGAAGAGAUCCGAGGGUGCAUGGUGCUGGCCCUCAACCAGGAAUACGCAUCUGAAGCCGCACCAGUUAAAGAUAGAGACGAACUAGCUAUCAUACCUCCAAUAAGUGGGGGUUAAAACACUAAUAAUUACUAAUUGCAUGCAUGUAAACAUGAUAUAUAUAUGUAAAGAAAGAAUCAAGAAUGCUCCUGGAGGAGAGGCAUUAUUUCGAAUUGGCCCUUUUCUUUGUUAUGGGAAUUAAUUAAAAUUUAAUGAAGUUAAAUUUGAUUAAAAUAA